AUGCAAACAUUCGAGCAAUCGUUUACGAUCCCCGCAACCACAAGCUUUUACAAUUCAUCGUCUAAUGGUGUAUCCGAUUGCAAUUAUUUGCUAGAAACCUUUCAUCAACUCCCACAUGGUGAUUUUCGGCCAACCUUUUAUAAUCCUUUUGAAAUCAAGCAUCGAAGACGCACAUCACGAGCUCAGCUAAAGGUGUUGGAGAAAUCUUUCUCUGAGAACCCAAAACCAAACGCAACCGUACGUCGUGUGCUUGCUCAAAAGCUUGACAUGACACCUCGCGGCGUGCAGAUUUGGUUUCAAAAUCGACGAGCCAAAGCUAAGAUGCAACGGCGUAAAAGUUAUUCUGAAUACACCACUUGCUAUCAAGAAACCACCAAUGACACCCAUACACAGCGACAAAACACCAAGGAAAAUGCAUACCCACACCAAGCAACCACAUCUCAGAAGACAGAUGAUAUGGACCAAUGUGCUCUCUUUUCCCAAUUCUUUGCAAAUGUGCAACCACAAUCUGACAAGCCUGCUUUUACAAGCUAUUUGCCUCCUAGAUCACAUGCCACAGCAUCCACCGGUAAUGUGGAUGUCCAGCCAACAUGGGGCUAUCUCCCAUGGCAACAUCAACAUCAUGAUCAAAAGCAACAGCAACAGCAACAGCAACAGCAACAAGAUAAUGUGAGAUCCGUUGCCACCAUGGCAGCUGCUGUGGCAGCUGCGGCAUCGUAUGAACAAGGAAACAGCAAUUUGGUGCACAUGGGUAUCCCUGGAAACGAUGACCAAGAAUGGCUCACCAUGCCAACCCAUCCGCUGGCUCAAGUUAAAGAUCCCAACAUGAUGCGUAGGAAAUCUUGCCCUGUACAAUGUGAUGCUGUUUUUGAUCCUUCUAUUGAUCAAUCUCAGUACAAAGAACGUCGUGUUUCUGAAAAUGAUACGUCAUCGUACAAGAUGGCAGCAGCAUCAACAAGGUGGCCGGCUGUCAACAUGGUAGAUAAUAUUACCACUGCCACCAGCACGGCCGGCGACAUUAUCCCAAGCAAUGCUCUUUAUUCUUCUACACAUCCUCAAGCACCCUCUUCCUCCUCCUUGGUUCCCAUGGAUUUCUAUCAGCAAUUUCAAGAUUCUCAUCUCGACUGCGCCCCCAUCACACCUCAAUAUCAACUUACCCCUCCUCUUGCUGCUGCAUCAUCCUCAUGUUCGGCAUCAUCAGGUUCCAAUUCAGUGACUGGAUCACCUAUUUCUAUCAGUGGAUGUUACGACAAUGGUGCCUUUGAUUGCUUCAACCUUGCAUCACAUCCAGAGAUGGCUGUUACUCAUUUACCACCAUCCUCCUCCUCAGCUCAUAUACCCGCUCAAGCAUUCUCUACAACACAGCACCUCGCUUAG